AUGUUUCUGCCCGGAAUCAUUGCAACUCAUCCCCUAGUGGAGAUUCGCACUCGUGUCCUCCAUUGGCUCCUGCAGAAGGUUUAGUUAGGGCUGGUGUCUCUAGCAGAGCUAAGCAACUCACACUCUGCUCUUGUGCCACACCUCCUCAAACUGCUGCAUCUUGGACCUCCAAGUGUCACUCCACACUUUCUCACUCUGCUGCUAUUCCUGGCUGAGGAUGAAGGUUGCAAGACCGGGCUGGCUGGGCCUGGAGUGCGGCAAAAGCUGCGAGAGUUGCAAGCUGUGGCACAUGUCAGUUUACUGCCUCAAGUCACACUUCUCCUCAAGAAGCUUGGUCAUCCCUCACAUUCUACAGUGGAUUCAGAGGCAAGAGUCACUGCAGCAGUGGUACCAGAGGCACCACACCCCAGCCCUCCUCACAGCCUGCUCAGGCGAAACCCACACUGCUUUGGUGAUGAAGAGUGCAGUGAGGAGGGAGUUGAUGAAGAGAACAUGUGUGACUGGACCACUGUAGAGGACUCCCAUGAUGCUGCUGUUGGUGUUGCCAAGGAGUCAAUGCUGCAGUUUGUCAUCUUUCCCUGGCAGGUACAACUGGAACACAGCCUUGAGGGUCUCUUUGGGAGGAGUGACCAGCAUAUUCUGGAGUCAAGUGCACAGUCCCUCAUGAGCUCCAACACAGCAGAAGUGAAAGCGUCAUUGCUCUUUCUUGACACUGUAGUGGUCAGGGACUUUCCUGUAGAAGUGCUGCUGCAGCGACCGGCUGUGCUGCAGGUGGUGUAUGGCUGCUUGGUGGAACAAGGAGAGGAUGCAUGGCACCUACAGGUUCCUGCAUGUGACUUCCUGCACAGCCUGACACAACUGCUCACCUCUCGUGUGAACCACUUCUUGGAUCCACACACCCGGCCUGGCACUGGCGAGGUUGUAUCAGCCAGGUCAUCAGGAGUGAACAGCCCUUCCAACCUAACUCGAGUCAGCUGCUGCUCACCACAUUCCCAGACAGGUGCUCACACUGACUCCCACCUGCAGGACCUACUAGGAGAAGGUUGUCAUCCUCAGCCUUUUAGUGGAGUGGGGCAGGAGCUUCUUCUUGGGUCAACUGUCCAUGAAGAGGAUGAUGGUGAUGAAUUCAUCUUAUUGGGUCUGCACCAGGUGUCUGUUCCUGGCCAUUGUUUGCGAGUCAUGAGAGCUGCUUGUCCUUUGCUGGCUUCACAAAGGCCAAGUCUUCAGUCAGCUUCCCUCCGCCUCAUGGCAAGCUGUGUGACACUCCUGCACAAUUGUGUCAUUCCUGACAUGCUGUGGAAGCUGGAAGAGAAAGGGGAGGGUGAGGAAGAACCACUGGUUAAUGAGGUCAUCACAGGAGUACAGAUGGUCAUUGCAUCCCUGUCGGAUCUCAUCCUGAGUAGCCUUGAAGCAAGAAAGGAGACAGGAGGUGAGAGGUGGGUGCAGGUAUGUCACUGCUGCUCCAUCUUGCUGCAUCACAUCCUCACAACACUCAUGCCAGUGGAGGCUGCUGCUCAGGUGCUGGAUGAUGCUGUGUGUGAGGCUGUGGUGAUGGUGCUUUGUGAAGGUGGAUUUUUCUUGCAGCACCCACAGCAGCAUCACUCUCUGCUACAAUACUUAACACAGGGUAAUGUCACAGCUACGGGUGAGGUUAGGUGCCUACUCUUUGCUGCUAAGUCUCUUGAGGCCACCUCAAGUUUUCUGCAGGCAUCUGACUCAGACAUUAAGGCAUUCCUUGACCUUGCUGAAAAGGCCUUACCCAGCUGUAGUGUUCUUCAGGAUGGUGCAUUCCUGGAGAGGCUCCUGCAAGGUGUUGGGAAGCAGACAGUAGAAGACAGCAUAUCUGAGCAGUUGCUGGACAAAGCAAGAUUCAUGCUGCUCCAGAUUCUUCAUUCUCCAAUGCUCUCUGUCCGCCUCAAAGGGUACAAGAGUGUGCUAGGUCUGGCAGAGUACAGUAUUGGAGCAGCUCAAACCCUGGAUACCAGCUGCAGCAGAUCACCAGCUACUCUCCUCUUGUUGUCACCAGGCAUUAUCAGAUUUCUCUUGUUUGCUGGGUGUGCUGAUGAGAAUAAGGAGGUUGCCAGACUAUCAAGGGAGAUCCUGCUCACCUUGCUGCUUGGUCAGCAUUUCAUGAGUGCUACAGUGUGGACUGUAGCAGCUGAGCAUUGGCAUGCAUGUCUGCCAGACUUGCAGUGCAUGGCAGAUCCUUCCUCUUUGCUGGGCCGUGCCAUAGAUCAAGUCUUUUUGGAGGUGUAUGAUCAAGACAGCCCCCAGGCUCUGCGGUAUCAGCUACAGUGUCUCUUUCUGCGGCGCCGAGAGGCAAGAACUGGCCCUUUCUUCUAUGCGUGCCAGAAACUGAACCGUACAAUUACUGACCUCUGCUUUGAUUCCCUCCUGUACAGCAUCACCAUUCACAGCGACCUCUUUGUCCUGAGGCAGCCGGUGCACAUCAACCGCACCUGCAACCUGGAAACAGAGGAGGGAGGACUGCUGAAGGUGGUGGAGCUGAUCCAGGGCUUGGGGUUGGAGGCAGGGGUGCAAAAGGCUGCCUGGACACAGUUGGCCUUUCUUCUUGAGGAUCCAAACCUUCACAAGUCAUUCCUAAGGCUGUGUUCUCUCCCAUUCCUGAUGCAGACCUUCAUCAACAUGCUCAGGUUGGAAGUCAGGAAAGAAAUCGGGCCAGAUGGGGUAUCAGCAACUCUGAUUUUCUAUGAAGAGACGUGCAUGAGGAGCCAAGCUGCAUGUCUCGUGGCCCUUGUGCUUUUCCAAGACAUCAUAGACUUCAGUGAUGGUGUAGAGGCAGGUAUGGCACAGCUACCCUCAGUGCCACAGCUCCUGACAGAGGGACUUCACCUGCCUUUCAUCCACCGGACACGACCGUGGUUGGAGAAUACAGGACUGAGUGCUGAAAUGAGGACAGUCCAUCAUCUAAUAAAAGAAGGUGUGUGGCCUGCUCAGGAGUUCCUGGGAUCAGUGUGGGGAGCUUCUCAAGCUGGGGGAGUGGAGUGGCUCUCUUCUCAGCACUGCUUCCACUCCAAAGACUCAGGCUCCCUCCUUCUGAGUGAGAGACAUAUUGCAUGGCUCAAGCUGUCCACAAUGUCCCUAGCCACAGCAUCAGUCCUGCAAAAUGUGGAGAAUGCUACUUCCCACCACAAUGUAAUGAGAAAUGUGGCUGCCCUCAGCUUCAAGGUGCAACAGAUGGGCCUCACUGGUGGCUGGGAUGAGGGAUUCUUCACAACACCCACAUGGAGAGGGAGCUUCCAGCGCUUCCUGACAGCUGAACCAAACUCUUUGGUUGAUGAACAGCUUCUUGUGCAUGUACUGCAGUGCCUCUACAUCUGCCUCAAGGCACAUUGUCCUGGCAUCAAGCAGCAUCAGGAUACUUGCCCUCCCCUCAUCAAACUCUUAAUUACUGAACUGACCAGCCCUUCCUCUGCCUUGCUCCAAACCCUCAGCAAGGCAGGAGGUACCAGCUGGGUUGCCUGUGACUACAGUGUACAGACUGUGCAGGCUGUGAAGUUAUUCCGUGCUGCUGCUGGCCUUGUGAACUCCACCGUCUCUGUUCUGGCAGACUGUAGUGCAGGUUCUGAAGUAACUGGCGAGAACCUUUGGGACAGUCUAGCAGCUGCCGUCACCACCACACUUCUCCCCAUACUCACUGCCAACAAUGACCUGCAGCACUAUAAUCUUGCUGUGGUGGGGAUGGCUCUGGAGACUCUUCUUUGGGUUACACUCCAUGGCUGGCCAGGCCUGGAGCUGGCAUCCCAUUUGGUCUCUAACUCUAUAAGGCUGAUCAGCUCUUUCCAUCUGGGGCGUGGGCGUGCUCACAACUCCUAUGUUGGCUGCAAGGUGACCCUCAGUUCUUCCCUCUUGCUGCUGCAUCUCUUCUCCCAGCCUGCCAUUGACUUCACACAGGUCAUUCAGGAGGCUUCUAGUGAGGACUCUUUGUCCUGGUUAGUAUCCCUGUGGGUGUACCGAGAUCUAGUGGCUAGCUGUGGCCUGAAUGUGGCAGCUGCCAUUGCUGGCUACACAUCCCUCCUGCACUGCAGUCCUACACAAGUGUCAGGGGUUGUGUGGGCAGCUGCUCUCAGCUACUUCCUGCCUGAGGGUUGCAGCUGCCUGGUGAGAGCCUCUGCAGCCUUGCUUCUGGUACAGCUGAUGCAGGCCAGCCCAUCACCUAGCAGUCCCUGGCUGUCCCCUGUGGUGGCCGAUGUUUGUACUGGGGAGUCUGUGGAUGGCCUGGAAGGGCUAAUGGCUCUCCUACAGCACUGCAACUUCUACAGUCUGGUGUUGACCUCACUUUCCCACUUGAAUGAGGGGCUGGGUCAGACUAGACCACCACCAGCCAUCCAGGAGUGGGAUCUCUCUCUCAGCUGCCUUAGCUCUUAUAGUGCAGUAGACAGGGAAGGGGAGAAGGAACAUCAUGACCUGACUUCCAUCCAGUUGUAUGAGGCCACUCUAAAACUGUUGGUUAACCUAGUAUUGCUUGACCCUACUCAUGUGGUACCACAACUUUUCUCCCAUGGCCUGGUGACUUUGAUAGUGACACAGCUACGCUGCCUGUUGACAAAUAUAAAGUCUUCACACUCAUAUCUGCGAGCAGUAGAGUUCAGCUUGGUGUUGCUGAGAAUAGUGAUAAGAUAUGAGCCUGUCCAGGCAGCUACCAUUGCCAGGGAUACUGGGCUGGAGCACCUUGCUUUGGGAGUGCUGGCUGCUGACCUCCUGCCUUUGACCAGUUGACCACUCAUCAGGAGUCCCGGACAGCCCUACUCAAGUCAAGGGGCUGGAUUGCCACUGUACAAGAACUGGUGGAUCAUGAAGUGCUGCAGCUGGCUACUCUGAGAGUGGCAGCAAACAUGGCUUUGGGAUGCCACUCUGUCUCAGCCCUCCUGGAGCCAGGCAGCUUCAUGGAGACACUCCUGGAAGUGUUGGCUGAGGAGAGAAAGAAAAAAGAAAAUUGUGAAGUGAUAAUGAUCAUUAUGUGGGCACUGAUUGCCAACAAUCAGAGAGCAAAGGCUAUCAUAAGGCAAGGUCCUCUCCGCCCUCUACUGCAACACAUGGCAGAAACAGCAUCUAGCAGGGGAGCAGAUCUGGCCUUGAAAAUAUUGCAGAUUCUUGAGGGAGGUGUGUGUUAAGAGAGAGGGAAAGAAUACACUGGCUGAAUGUUUCCAAAAAUGUGCUUCCAGUAAUUGUAUCACUCUCAUUAUACCAUGCCAUUAUCAUUAUUACCAUUCUAGUCAUAUUUCUGUAUUGAAAGGUGGUGAUCCAACAUCUGACAGGACAAGCAGUGUACUGUGCCACUCAGACUAUGAUACUUUGUGUGAAUUGUCUCAUUGAAAACUAAACCACUGCCAGCAAGACUUUAGGGGUUUACUACUUAGAUAUCCUUAUGUCAAACUUUUUGCUGUAUAUGGUUUACAUAAAUCUUUAUUUUCUUUUCUCAAUUCAAAUGUGUGUGUGUGUGUGUGUGUGUGUGUGUGUGUGUGUGUGUGUGUGUGUGUGUGUGUGAGCAUGCAAGUGCUACAAUAUAUUUUAUAUUUACCUGUAUGCAAGUCCAAAUUUUAUAAAUGAAUAAUAUAUUUUGUAUAUUUUUAUACCAUGUGGAUAAAUUUGCCUGUAUA